CUCGCUCCUGCUUCCUGGAGGCGACCUGGAGUUCCUGAUGGGAACUGAUUUUGUCUCCAGGCCUGCCCACCCUCCCGCCACCGUGGGCAGUGGACGGAUGGCCGCCCAGCCACUGACAGAUGAGGCCCUGGAGUCAGUGACGUUCAGGGAUGUGACUGUGGACUUCACCCAGGAGGAGUGGCAGCAGCUGGAGCCUGCCCAGAAGGACCUGUACAGAGACGUGAUGCUGGAGAACUACAGGAACCUGGUCUCGCUGGACUUGGAGUCUAGACCUGACAUGAAAGAAUCGGACUCACAGGAAGACGUUUCAGAAGACAGACCAUCCGUGGGGGGGGUGGCGGAAGGACCCCCGAGGAACGGUGCCCCGGGUUCCACCCGCCAAGGAGCGGGGACACAGGGUGACCGGACGGGGCCGCGGCAGGGGGGUGCAGGGACCUGCCUGGGGCGGCUGGACAUUUCCCAGGUGUUAGCCCCUGAAUGUCGUGGCUUUAAGGCAUUCGUCGUGCCCGAGAGCCCCACGCCGGCCCCGCCGAGAUCGGAGGGACAGAGAGGAGCGGGGACUCUGCCGCCCGCCAUGCACAGGAAGAACUCGGGCACCGCAGGCCUCAGCCCUCCGUCCAAACUCCAGGCGGAGAAGAAGCCCUACGAGUGCAGGGAGUGCGGCAAGGCUUUCGGCUGGAGCUCGUCCCUGAUGAAGCACCAGCGGACCCACACCGGGGAGAAGCCUUUCUCCUGCGCCGCGUGCGGGAAGCAGUUCAUCGAGCGGUCGUCCCUCACCAUCCACCAGCGCGUGCACACCGGGGAGAAGCCGUACCGGUGCGGGGACUGCGGCAAGGCCUUCAGCCAGCGCAUGAACCUGACCGUCCACCAGCGCACGCACACCGGGGAGAAGCCGUACGUGUGCGCCGUGUGCGGGAAGGCCUUCCGGAAGACCUCGUCCCUGGCCCAGCACGAGAGGAUCCACACCGGGGAGAAGCCGUACGCGUGCGGGGACUGCGGCAAGGCCUUCAGCCAGAACAUGCACCUGGUCGUGCACCAGCGCACGCACACCGGGGAGAAGCCGUACGUGUGCGCCGUGUGCGGGCGCGCCUUCAGCCAGAGCAUGCACCUGACGGAGCACCAGCGGACGCACACGGGCGAGAAGCCGUUCGCGUGCGGAGACUGCGGCAAGGCCUUCAACAAGAGCUCGUCGCUCACGCUGCACCGCAGGAAGCACACUGGCGAGCGGCCUUACGCGUGCGGCCAGUGCGGCAAGGCCUUCAGCCAGAGCGCCUACCUGAUCCAGCACCAGCGCUUCCACAUCGGCGUGAAGCCCUUCGAAUGCAGCGCGUGCGGCAAGGCCUUCAGCAAGAACUCCUCGCUCAUCCAGCACCGGCGCGUGCACACCGGCGAGAAGCCCUAUGAGUGCGCCACCUGCCAGAAGCACUUCGCGAGCCGCUCGUCCCUGCUGGUGCACCAGACCGGCCACACCGGCGAGAAGCCCUACGCGUGCGCACAGUGCGGCAAGGCCUUCAGCCAGAGCGCCUACCUCAUCGAGCACCAGCGCAUCCACACCGGGGAGAAGCCCUACAGGUGCGGCCAGUGCGGCAAGGCCUUCAUCAAGAACUCCUCGCUCAUCGUCCACCGGAGGAUCCACACGGGGGAGAAGCCCUACGAGUGCGGCGAGUGCGGGAAGACUUUCAGCCGGAACACCAACCUCACGCGACACCUGAGGAUCCACACGUAGCCCGGGGAUCCAGACGAGGCCGGUCGGCCCUGAGCACGGGGCAGUGCUGGACUUUUGACUGCGAAACCCACGGGUAGUGCGCUGUCGAGAGAAGCCCACGGUCUUAGGAAUUUGGGCGCUGGGAACAGGACGCGCCUUGUACACUAGCUCCUUCCGGAGCAUCUGCACAGUCGCAGUGAAAAGCAAGCUCCUUCAGGUCUAGUAUCUGGAACCGAGGCCAGGUUCACUGUGGCUCCAGAUCGAGGUCGGAGUAAACUGUCGUAAGAUUGGACAACGUAUUUAGUGUCUCUGGGUCUCCGGCUCCUUGAUAGUCAAGUGGAGGAGGGGGAGGGGAAGAAAGAGUGGGGAAGUGGGUUCCAUAAGUGAACAUGGGACAUUUUCACGUUGUCACACAUGCCUGGAUCUAGUCCAGAGGUCAGGUUGUCCACAUCUGUCCCCGUACCCCUCCCAGUUUCUCUACAACACUCGCUGGAAGGCCUCAAGCUAAUAAGCAGUAGAAGUUGCCAAGCUCAU